GCCACUAGAGAACACCCCGUUCGUAACGCGGACAGGACACACGCACCCAUAGCAGUGUUGGACGUUGACAAGUGGAGAACUGAUGGAGGAGAAUUGAGCAAUUAUCUACUUAGCUUAUUCUUGUUGGACGGUAACGAUUGGCGAGGUCUUCGCCGAGUUAUUGACUCAACACGACUUAUUGUGCAGUCCUGCUACACGUACGUGCUGAUUGCCGACCAUCAAAGCAAGCGGUAACAGUGAGGGGCUCGCGUCAACCCAGAGUGCGCCGAAUGAUGUCCUUUCUGGCGGACCAGUGAGAAGGAAUCAAAGGUAUCUACAAAAGGAGCACAUGUACGCUGGCUUUGAAAAAGGAGCUGCUUUGAAAGUCAUGGAUAGUACACUCUAUCACUCAGCGGGAGUAUUCGGCUCCCCCUCAGCUUCUGAAAACCUGACUGCUGGCGGCAACAUGAUCACCACCACCAAGCCUCUCGCUUUUUCGAUCGAACGGAUUAUGGCCAGGACGCCUGAACCAAAGUCGAUACCUAUACCCAACUUGUUUCACCAUGCUCCCGUGGUUAAAGCGGACCCAAAGCAGACGCUAAACAUGAGCCCAUCGUCACUACAUUGCAUGAUACCCUUUGUGCCACUGACAUACGAGCCGGGUCACAAACUCAACAUAAACGGAUUAGACACAAAUCAUUUUGACGCUUCCACAUAUAACUCAAAUGAGUUGAUGGGCAUUGGAUUGAAUUAUAAAAAUGAUCAUCAAGACGUGAGCCCGUCAGUUGGACAAUACAAACUCUUUCGACCUCGGGUGGUAAACCAGUCCUCCUUUCACACCAUGGGGGCUGUCUGCUACCUGAAUUGCGGCGAGAGUGCGUGCCCACCACCGACCAGCAUCGUAAACAUACACCCCAUGGCCUCCUACUUUCUCAACUCUCCGCUUCAGCACGCGCGCCAGAAAGCGUUUCUUGCAGAGAAAAAUAAAGUGGUUAACUGCGUGGAGAGAUACCCCAGCGGACUUGCUUUCAAAGACCUUUCUCACACUCAACUCCACCAUUACAUGAAAGAGAGUGCCCAGAUUCUGUCUGAUAAACUCUUUAAAGGCUCCUCCAAAUUGAGCAGUACUUCUCCAAAUGGGAAACCUAAAGUAUUUACCUGCGAAGUUUGCGGAAAGGUUUUCAAUGCCCACUACAAUUUAACGCGCCAUAUGCCUGUGCACACCGGCGCGAGACCAUUCAUCUGCAAAGUGUGCGGUAAAGGAUUUCGCCAGGCCAGCACCCUUUGUCGUCAUAAAAUCAUUCAUACUCAGGAAAAACCUCACAAGUGCAAUCAGUGUGGAAAAGCAUUUAAUAGAAGUUCAACUCUCAAUACGCACACGAGAAUUCAUGCCGGUUACAAACCCUUCGUGUGCGAGUUCUGUGGCAAAGGAUUUCAUCAAAAGGGUAACUACAAGAACCACAAACUGACACACAGCGGCGAGAAACAGUUUAAGUGCAACAUAUGCAACAAGGCCUUCCACCAAGUAUACAACCUGACGUUCCACAUGCACACGCACAAUGACAAGAAGCCCUUCACGUGCCCGACUUGCGGCAAAGGAUUCUGCCGGAACUUUGACUUGAAGAAGCACAUCCGAAAGCUGCAUGAUCCUUCGGGAUCACAGUCCCCAGUGAGUCUUAGCUCAAGAGAAUCUCACUAGAGUUCUGGCGCAAAGAUAACGACGAAUAACCUACAUGUUACCCAUUUGACGAACAAAGCGUAUAUGCCUACAGCAACUCAUUGUGGAUCAGUACGCAUUUGAAUCGAACUUGACAUGUCACUUUUUGCUGUUUUGUUUCCUUUAAUUAUCUCAGGAUUACUGUAAAUGUUUUAUGAUAUUUAUUUGAAAAUUGCAACACUGUCUGGAAAAAUUAAUUAUACAAUAUAAAAAUGUAAUUGUGAUGAUGCCUGUGGUAAACCCGUCCCAAUUUUAAAUGAUGCCAAUCCUUGAUGACACGACUUAAUUAGCCAAUUAUUGUGAAUAUGCAAAGAUUUGCAGACUUGCUAUCUCGUCUAGACACGUACUUUAUGGAAAAUAAUAUCA